AUGGAAACAAUAUUUAGAAAAUUAAGACGUUCUACUAGUAAAAAGAAAACGCAAGUAGAAAUCGAUGCAGUUGAUGAAAGAGAUUGGGCUCAAUCCAAAACUCUUGAUUUGGAUAGUAUGCCUUUCUCAGAAGACCUUUUUCAGUAUUACAAUGAUAAGAUUCAUAGAAAUAAAAAAAUCGUUAGAGACAACCUAAAGAGGGAAGAACCAUCGCAGGAAGAUUUAUAUGGAUACAAAGAUCAUUUUUGGAAUGAGGAAAAUAAAAAAUAUGAACAAAUUAAAAAUAGAAAUAUUAAAAAUGAAAAAAUGGAUAUAAAUCUAAGAGAAUAUUCUUCAAUAACAAACGAUGAAAUAACAAAUGGAAGUACUGAUUAUGUUAAUAAUUAUUAUAUUAAAAAAAAAAAAAGUGAAACAGAUGAUUUUAUAUAUCAUGAUGAAAACAAAAAUAAUGAAUUUAUUUAUAAUGGUUUGAAAAAUUUUAAUGUGGGUGAGACUAAGGAAUAUUCUGACGUGGAUGAACAACAGGAGCAAGAAGAAGAAGAAAUAAUAGAUGAUGAAAAUAUAGAUGAUGUAAAUGUAUAUGAUGAAAAUAUAGAUGAUGUAAAUGUAUAUGAUGAAAAUGUAGAUGAUGUAAAUGUAUAUGAUGAAAAUAUAGAUGAUAUAAAUGUAUAUGAUGAAAAUAUAGAUGAUGAAAAUAUAGAUUAUGAAAAUAUAGAUGAUGAAAAUAUAUAUGAAGAAAAAGUAAAUGAAGAAAAUGAUGAGAUGGAAGAAGUGAAUAUGGAAAAUAUCGAUGUGGAAUAUGUUGAUGAAGAAUAUGUGGAUGAAGAAGAACUAGAGAACAAAUAUCCUAAUAAUGAAAACAUGAACGAUGUAAAGGUCACAUUGCCAAAUGAAAAGAAUAUAGAAAAAAUCAUAGUAGAAAAUGAAAUUACAGAUAUGAAACAUGAAGAAAACGAUAAUAUUGUUGUUGAAGAAGAAGAAGAAGAAUAUGUUGAAGAAAAAUUAGAUGUUUAUACUAUUGAAGAAAUUGAUAACGAUGUAGAAAUAUCUAAUGUAAAAGGUAAAGGUAGAUGUAUGUUUACAAAAAAAAAAUUAGAUCCAGGUUCUAUUAUAUUUGUUGAAAAUCCAAUAUUAAUAGUUACACCAAAUUUAAACGAGCAAUUGUGGACAUAUUUAAAUAAAUUAAAUGAUGAACAAAAUUUUGAAUUGCCACUUAAAUGGCAUUAUGCAGCCUUAUGUAGUAUUACUAUGCUCAAUGAUUUUAAUUAUAAGGCUUGUCUUGAUAAAUGGGUUCCAGAACCUGAUAAAGAACCUGAUGAUGAUGUUUAUAAUGUGUUAGAUAAAGUUUGCGAAAAAACAAAUUUUGUAAAUGGAAAUAAAUAUUACUAUUAUAAAAAUAAAUUAAUUGAUCCAAAAAUAUAUUCCAGAAUUAUACAAGUCUGGCAUUAUAAUGCCUUCGGCCAUCAUACCGACAAUGAAGGUCUAGUUCUUUAUAACCGCAUUUCCAUGCUUGCUCAUAGUUGUAUCUCCACUGCUUGUUGGCACUAUGGUGAAAACGAUAGUUUCGUUUUGCGUGCAAGGAUUAAAUUAAAUCCUGGAGAUGAAAUAACAAUAUCUUAUUUAGGAGAUGACGAUCUAUACAAAUCAUCAAAUAUUAGGAGGGAAAAACUUACCAACUGGUUAUUUGUGUGUAUGUGUAGUAGGUGUACUCAUCCUGUAGAUAAUUGUAGAGGUUUCAGAUGUUCAACAUGUGCAAUGGGAACCUUUUUCAUAAAAAGUGAAUACCAUGAUGACAUUCCAAUUGUUACAAAGUGCAAUGUUUGCUUAUGUGAAAUAACAGAAAGUACAGCAUAUGAAUAUAUAGAAUAUGAAAAUAGUUAUAUAGAAAGAUUGCAAGAAACAGAUAAGAAUGAUUUGUCUGAUGCCUUAGCUGUUUAUGUACAGGCUGAUAAAAUAUUUACUCAACAUUGGAUUAUGUUUCAAUUAUAUACGAUACUUUUUGAAGGUUACAGAGAUACAUCUCAAUGGGAAAAAGCAAUAUAUUAUCAAAUGCAAAGAAUAAAAUAUGCUAUAGAUGUUAUACCAAGAGCAAAUUAUGUUUUAGCUUGGUUAUAUGAAGAGUUAGGAGAAAUACAUGCAAACUCUAUAAAUACUGAGAUUUUAUCAACAGAAAAUGAUUUUACAAUAACAUUUGAAGAAAAAAAAAGGAUUUGUUCUCACUUUUUGAAAUCAAUACAUUUACUUGAAAUAUUAUGUGGAUACUCUCAUGAUUAUUUGAGAGAUUCAUUGAAUAAAUAUUAUAGAAUUGAUAGUCUAACAACCACUGAUGCUCCUCAAAUUGAGGAGUAA